GUGAUAUCUGUAAACGUAACUUUAAUCCUUCCAUCUGUCAGGCUCAAAGAUAAAGUACUCAUAAAUCACACAAAAAUACAAAUAUUCCUGCAAACGCUGAAAAGUGAGCAUAAUAAUGUUUCAACCUUUAAAAGUACCGGAAGCUCCCAAACAACUACUGCAUUCUUUAACAUAUCCCCCAUUUUUCCUUAACAUAUAUUAUGCAGAUGUUCCAACUUGCUAUGCUAGCAUCUCAAUAGCGUUGUAGUGCUAAUUAGGCUUGUUUAAAGGUCUGCUGGAAGUCACGCUUCCUCCUCUUUAAAAUGCAAAUUUUCCAUGCUCGAUUGAACGCAGUUGAAGACAGCACAGGAUGUGUUGUGUGCCAGCCUGAACAGUUAUAUAUACGUCAGUUGGCACUGAAGCUCGCAAGCCAGUUCAAUAACAAAUCUUGCCAGCUCGCCACUCCAAACUGCAAUAUUACGUUUCCUCCGCCGACAAGGAUGUCUAGACCAGCGGGCGUGGGCAUCAUUGCCAUCGAGGCCUACUUCCCCUCGCAGUUUGUGGACCAAACUGAGCUGGAGCAAUUCGAUGGAGUGUCAGCGGGCAAGUACACCGUCGGCCUGGGCCAGGCGCGAAUGGGCUUCUGCACCGACCGCGAGGAUGUCAACUCGCUCUGCCUCACCGCUGUCCAGCGGCUCAUGGAAAGAAACAGCAUUGGCGUGGAGCAGAUUGGUCGCUUGGAGGUAGGCACCGAGACCAUUUUGGACAAGUCCAAGAGCGUCAAGACCGUGCUGAUGCAGCUGUUUGGCGACAACACAGACAUUGAGGGCAUCGACACCACCAAUGCCUGUUACGGCGGCACAGCUGCUCUCUUCAAUGCCCUUUCAUGGGUUGAGUCUUCCGCGUGGGACGGACGCUUGGCCAUCGUGGUGGCUGCUGACAUUGCUGUCUAUGCAACUGGCAGCGCCCGACCAACCGGUGGCGCGGGAGCAAUGGCCAUGCUGGUCGGACCCAACGCACCCCUAGUGAUAGAAUCUGGCCUGCGUGCCAGCUACAUGAAACACGCUUACGACUUUUACAAGCCGGACCUGAAUUCCGAAUACCCAGUGGUGGACGGCAAGCUGUCUAUUCAGUGCUACCUGAGCGCACUCGACCACUGCUACCAGCUUUACUGCAAAAAGGCUCAUAAAGCAAAUCCGGAGAGCAAGGUGCAGCUCAACACGUUUGACGCUUUCCUGUUCCACUCGCCGUACUGCAAGCUGGUACAAAAAUCACUGGCGCGUCUCUUGCUCAAUGACUACUUCCUCGCCAGCGAUGAAGAGAAAAGCAAAUUCCCUGAGGCCUUUAAUUCGAUAAAAAAUGUCAAAAUGGAGGAAACGUACUUUGAUCGCGAUGUUGAGCGCUUGGUGCUGGACAACAGCAAGCAGCUUUUCGAGGAGAAGACAAAGCCUUCCCUCUUCCUGGCAAACCAAAUUGGAAACAUGUACACCCCCUCACUAUACGGUGGCCUCGUCUCUCUAUUGAUAAGUCGGGAGGCCUCACAGUUGACAGGCAAUCGCGUGGCGCUGUUUUCUUACGGCUCCGGUCUGGCAUCCUCAAUGUACUCCCUGAAAAUCAGCACCGACCUUGCUCCAGUGCAGAAACUGGUAGACUCUCUUAACCACGUUAAACCCACGCUUGAGGCAAGGCGGAAAAUAGCGCCUGAAGAUUUUGCCGCCACGCUGGAUGCCAAGGAGAAAAAUCACCACAAAGUUCCAUAUGUACCAGAAGGCUCAGUAGAAACCCUUUUCCCUGGCACGUGGUACCUGGUUGACGUGGACGACAAGUACAGGCGCAGCUACAAGAGGAAACCCCUCUGACGCAAGAAGCCCCGCGUGUAGUUGACUUAUAAUGUUGCGUCCGCCCUUAGAAAUGUUUUUCUACAGCGAGAAGCAAAAUUUUGUUAACACGACUAUUUAUGAUUGACAACCCAUGUCGCAAAUCAAUAUUACGCGGCGCCUUGUCGGCGAUCUUUGUUGAGUUUUUACAUGUAUUUUUAUCCUUGUUUCAUUAUUAUGGUGUAUCCUUAUCCAAUUUAACCAAAUCCUUUCAUACUCAUUACGCAUUUCUAUUCAGAGCCAGUAAAUCAAUAUAUAUAUUAUAUUUAUUAUGAGUGUUGCUACAAUCAAUGUAGUUGAUUGCUACAUCGUAUUUUCAAUAAAUCCGUGGCCUUGAAUAAAUGAUUUUUAAAUUAAG